AUGGAGCCCAACCUGUCCCUGGCCGCCGCCGGGCUGGGGGGGGGCAACGCGUCGGGCGGGCCGGAGGGCGGGGGCGGCCACCUGCUCCUCACGGCGGCCUUCGGCACCCUGCUGUCCUGCAUGUACGUGGCCGGGGUGGCGGGCAACGUGUACACGCUGGCGGUGAUGUGCCACUCCGCGCGCUGCGCCGCGCCCAUGUACAGCUCCAUCGUCAGCCUGGCGCUGGCCGACCUGCUCUACCUCUCCACCAUCCCCUUCGUGGUGUGCACCUACCUGGCCCAGGACUGGUACUUCGGCGACCUGGGCUGCCGCCUCCUGCUCAGCCUGGACCUGCUCACCAUGCACGCCAGCAUCUUCACCCUCACCCUCAUGUGCGCCGAGCGCUACCUGGCCGUCACGCGGCCCCUGGACACCCUCAAGCGCUCGCAGGGAUACAGGAAGGCCACGGCGGGGGCCGUGUGGUCCGUCUCGCUGCUCCUCACCCUGCCCAUGAUGCUGAUGGUCACCCUGAGCGAGGGGGGCAAGGCGGGGGGCAGGGUGAAGAGGAUGUGCGCCCCGACCUGGAGCGUGGAUGCCUACAGGACCUACCUGACCGUGCUGUUCAGCACCAGCAUCAUGGCCCCAGGGAUAAUCAUCGGCUACCUGUACACCCGCCUGGCCAGGACCUACCUGGAGUCCCAGAGGAACCCGCCCCACAAGGAGAACAAGCGUUCCCCCCGCCAGAAAGUGCUCAUCAUGAUCUUCACCAUCGUGCUGGUCUUCUGGGCUUGCUUCCUGCCCUUCUGGAUCUGGCAGCUGGUGCGGCUCUACAACAGCUCCCUGCAGCUGACUCUGCAAACCCAAAAGUGCAUUAACUACCUGGUGACCUGCCUGACUUACAGCAACAGCUGCAUCAACCCCUUCCUGUACACCCUGCUCACCAAGAACUACAGGGAAUACCUCCGCAACCGGCACCGCAACUUCUACAAGUUCACCUCGUCCUUCCGCAAGAGGGGCUCCAACCUGCAGUGCUCCUGGGGAAGGUCCAUGUCCUCCAGCAACCAGUAUGACUGUGGCUCAGAGUCUCUGGGCAUGGCCACAAUGAAGGACAAGUGAUGAGGGUGAGAAACUCCAGACACCAAAACCAGGGGAACGUCAGUCCGAGGGCUUCUGUCAUUCCAUUUGACCUCACAUCCUGUCCCAGGAAGGGUUACGUUAAGACUGGAUCCCCAA